AAAUAACUUUCUCUCUCUCUCUCUCUCUUUGUCUCUCCCCUUGGCUCUCCUUCUCUCUCUACCUUAUGCACCGAACAAAUAAAGAGAGGAUCAUUCAUACAGGAACGUCCACACACAUAAACCAUCCCAAAAAGAAAAAAUAAACAUUCCAUUUUCCAGCUCUACAACCAGUUUGAAAGGAAGUGAUUUUCUCUCUCUUUUCGUCUUUCUUUUUCUUUUUCUUUCUCCGAGGAUAAACAGUUUCUUCUUCUUCUUCUUCAUCAGUUUCAACCAUGGAUACUGCUCAAUGGCCACAGGAAAUUGUGGUGAAACCAAUAGAAGAUAUAGUAGUGACAAAUACAUGUACUCCAAAACCUGGGAAUUUAGCAGAGAGGAAAGCAAGGCCUCAGAAAGAACAAGCCCUAAACUGUCCAAGGUGCAAUUCAACAAAUACAAAAUUCUGCUACUACAACAAUUACAGCCUCACACAACCCAGGUACUUUUGCAAAACUUGUAGAAGGUACUGGACUGAAGGUGGGUCCCUCAGAAAUAUACCAGUUGGAGGAGGUUCAAGGAAGAACAAGAGAUCAUCAUCUUCUUCAUCUCAAUCUUCUCAUCAAACUUCUUCUUCAAAGAGACUUCCUGAUCUGGUUCAACCUCAUCAUCAUCAAAACGCAAAGAUCAAUAUCAACCAACCCCAAGAUCUAAACCUUGCUUUCCCAAAUAUCUCUGACUUGGUUCAACUUCCAAACAAUAAUAUUGAAAACAACAACAACAACAACAACAACAAGAACCAUAGUUUAGCUCAUGUUUCUUCUUCUUCUACUACUAGCACUACUAGUACAAGUUCUGCAACCCAUCUCUCAGCUUUGGAGCUUCUCAAUGGACUCACUUCAAGGGGUUUCAAUUCCUUCAUGCCUAUGUCAGUACCUGCAGAUCCUAAUACAGCUGUAUAUGCAUCUGGGUUUCCUAAUUUACAGGAAUUCAAGCCAACUCUUAAUUUUUCAUUGGAUGGGCUUGGAGGUGCUGCCUAUGGAAGCUUGCAAGGAGUUCAGGAAAGUAAUGGAAGGCUUUUGUUUCCAUUUGAAGACUUGAAACAAGUUUCAACCACUCCUGGGAUUGAGCCAAGUAAAGACCAAGGUGCUGAAACUACUGGGUAUUGGACCGGAAUGUUAGGUGGAGGAUCAUGGUAAAAACAAAAACCAAAAAAAAAAAAAGAUCCUCGUCCCCUUUUUUUUUUUUUUUUCCCCCUCUCCUGGGUUUAAUUUCUUUUUCUUUUAACUUUAUAUUUAAUUUCUCAUUGUGGGUCGACUUGUUUGGAUUUCUUCGAUAACUAACAGAUAGGAUACAUGGGUUUCUCUA